CAUAAUCAAUAGUGCAAUAACAGCCUGUUGGGUCGCAGUUAUUUUCGCGUAUCACAGAGGAAUAUUUUUCUUGUUAUCCGUUGCUUAAAGUAUUCAAGGUGUCGGUGUCAAGUAGUGUCUUACCAGGCGCCAUAACCAUGAAGAUUUUGGCUGCUGAGGGCCCUGACAUUACACCCAUAGAAUCCUCUGGCGAAUGGCACAGCGCAACGUUUUGGGUUCUUAUAGUGGGUGCAGCUUUGUUAGCGGUCAUCUUAGCCGCCGUCGCAUGCUGGGUGGCUCGGAGGAGGUCAUCGCUUGCUCACAAACUUGGUGGAAAGCGUGGCCCUGACAAGGCGCUGGUGUUCCAGCCGCCUCGUCGUGCGACAGCCGUUCGAUCGCCUGGCUCAGCUACGCACUACCUACGCAAGUCGCCUUCGCCAACCGCCGCUGCCCCGCCACAACCACAAACCACAUCUCCCCCACGUCCACAUACACCCAACCCGCCGUCAGCAGCCACGACCCCUCACACUCCGACUGCUCCGAAUGAGCCGACGCCCCUCAGCAAGGAACUAGCGGAUGUCCACGCCACGGAGAAGAUCAAACCUCUGGAACCUGAAACCAAUGAUGGAAAACUUGGAGAUCUUCACUUCAAGCUGUGGUAUGAAAAUGUAAAGAGUGCUUUGGUGGUGUCAGUGGUUUCCUGCCAGAACUUGCCAGGUCGUGAACCGGCCGGUCCCGACCCCUAUGUCAAACUACAACUCCUUCCUGAGAAACAACACAAGGUUAAAACUAGAGUGGUGCGCAAAACCCGUUGUCCAGUGUACGAUGAGGACUUCACGUUCUAUGGAAUCGCUCCGCAUCAGCUCACUGGAAUUACUUUGCACUUUGUUGUUCUUAGCUUUGACAGAUAUUCCCGUGACGAGAUAAUAGGCGAAGUGGUCUCUCCAUUAUCCACCCUCCAGUUGCAGAGUGGUGAAGCUAUGGCGCUGUGCAGGGAGAUCCAGCCUCGAAGUCUUAAGAUGCGAAGCGUGGGUCGUGGCGAAGUGUUGGUAUCCCUGUGCUGGCAACCGGCCGCCGCAAGACUCACUGUGGUAUUGUUGAAGGCACGCAAUCUGCCCAAGAUGGACGUCACUGGGCUCGCUGAUCCAUACGUAAAAAUGUAUCUGCUAUACAACGGACAGCGCAUCGCAAAGAAGAAGACUCACGUGAAGAAGCGAACCUUGAACCCCGUGUUCAAUGAGUCGUUUGUGUUCGAAGUACCCGCUGCACCAAACGCUACAUUGGACCAUGUCUCGCUGGAACUGCUUGUGUUGGAUUGGGACCGAGUCACUAAGAAUGAGGUGAUCGGUCGCGUAGAACUCGGGGCUAACGGGACAGGCAGCGCUCGGCACCACUGGCGCGAAGUGCAGGCCGCACCUCGCCGACAGAUCGCCGACUGGCACAAGCUUAAGGAGUAAAGGGCGGGCUAUAAAUAAAAUUCUUCACUAUUUAAUUGUUUUAGUGGGCAAACUUAUAGGUUUGGAUACAAUAGUUUUAUUAAAACGCGCCUUUAUCUGGGAAAACUCUAUGUUUAUAUGUUUCUUUCAGGAAACGCUUCAAGGGUUAAAGCAUUAAACAAAAUAUAUAACGAACAUUCCUUACUUAUAUUAUAUACAUAUUAUUUGUUAUAUUUGAUUGCGAAUAUAAAUAGAACAUAUUAAGGUUGUAUUCAAGAUAAAAGUGUAACAGUAUUAACGCUUCAAUAGCCUGACGUCAUUUGCCUCUCAAAGUAAUUCCUAUGACACUGUAUAUUUGACUAUUCAGGGCUGAUAGUCACUAUCACAGUAUAUUGUCGGUCAGAUUCGGAACCACAAUUACGAAGCUAACUUAUUGUAAACGGACUCAAUAUUGCUACAAUUUAAAUAUACAUUUAUCACAAAAUUAGUGCUUUAGCCCUUGCUAAUUAAAAGAAUUGGGAAAUAAAAUUCUCAACCGCUAUUGUCCGAGCGAUUAAUUUAUCUCUUUAUACUUUAAACCCUUUGUAAAUAGUUGCUACUGAUUUAGGCUUUUUAAAAGCUUAAAUUUUUCUAUAUUUCCUUUCUUAAUAAGAUGUAGUUAAUAGAAAUUGAUGUUUAUACGAAAUUAUCACUUAGUAUUUAUUCGGCCAAACCUUAACAUUAUUGCAACGAAAAAAAAGUUUUCCAAAGAAUUAUCAGGCGUUAGGUUAAUUUUUACAAGCGCACAUUUCAUUCCCUUCACACAAGGCGCUCUUACAAUAAAUAUAAUCACUCAUUCAUUUCGUAACCAAUCGCCGUUCAUAAGUUCUAAAUCAUCAUAUCUAGUAAUACUCAAGUAAAUUAUAAAUAGAAUAGAAAAGUCUAUUUUAUACUUAUAGAGAUAUUAAUGUUAGCAUAAGCAACUCGUAAGAGUUUUGGGUCACGUGUACCUUAAUGUCUAGCAAAUCACAAUAGAUCGCUUUGCCCCUGACCACAGUAGUUCAUUCUUAACAGUCUGUGCGAAAAUUGUUGGGUUAGAAAACCUACAAAACAAUUGAAGUUAUUUCUUUAAUAUUGGUCUAGAACUAUAUAUGAAAUAAACAUAUUCUGUUAGAUUAGUUUCGUAAUAAGACCAUUAACACGUCUUAAUUACAGUUACAUGUUUCAUUAUUACGUAACCAUUGUAGUGUUGAUUCAUAAGUGCUCUGCUCAUUUUGGAGAUUACACUCAAUAAAGUUUGCAUAGACUUACUAGGUAUAAUUCAUAUUAAUAAGGUAAUAUAAUACCAUAAAACCAAUUUUCCAUUUACCCACCAUACUCUAUAUAAGAUAUUAUAAUUAUAAUCCAUAAAGUCAUAAUUUUUUUUUUUAUAAAAAGUUGUUUUUGCCACUCGUGGUCGUGUCACAAUUUUAUGAUUUUGCGUUACAUUUUGUCAACAUCGAAACAGAGCUGUCAUUGUUUCCUAUUAUUCUAAUUUGACAGUCUUGCGUUAUAUUUAGAUUAUUCUAAAGGAAUAUUUGUAUAUAUAAUCUAUCCAUACCGACACAUUCCAAUUUGUAUAUAAGUCGUUUUGAUCUCGAUAAUUCCAUUGUAAUCGUAGUAAUGAAUGUCUUUAGUAUUAAUUUUCUGUUGUAUUUCGUAUUGUGGUAGAUGUAAACACGAUUUUGUUUGAUUAUACGAUAUGCCAGAGUUGAUAUAAAAAUCUGAAUUCUAUUGAUUUGUUAUUAUUUUUACGGAAUAUUUUUUUUUAAAUUCUUAAUCUCAUGGCAAAUCACAAUCAUGGAGCGUAAAACCUUAGGAUCUAUUGUACGUAUAUUUUAUAGUUAAUGUCUUACAUGUUAAAGGAUUAUUAAUAAAAGUUAAUUUUAUCAUAUUUAACUGAAGUUUUGUUAUUAUAACUUAUUUACAUAGUUCCUAUAAAUACCAUUAAUUAUUUCUAUGUAAACUUUGUAUGUAUUUGUUUUUAAAUUGAAUUAUUAAAUAUAUUUUACCGACACAGGUGCAAUAAAAAUCUUUUAAUCGCUUUUUUGAUAAAACCUAAGGUUUUAGGAGGCCAGCAGUCCGGUAUCAGUUUAUGUAUACUAAGGAAUUUUAGUGAAUAAAUUAUUGACUGGUGCUUUCACAAUAA